UUGUCCGCGAGUAGCUGAACAUGACCUCAAACAUCGAUAAUGUACGCGUACUGCUGCAGUCGCUGCCUGCAGCGGCAGCCUUGGGUGGCAACAACAACAACGCCCAGCAAAUCGAGCAGCAGUCGCCGGCAAAGGGGCUCGGAAUGAUAGCAACAACAACGCCUUUGCGCGCCAGAAAUGCAUACCAACAGCAACCGCAGACCCCGGCCCCUUUCACGCCGGAGAAUACUGCAGGGAAACCUGCGUCGGCGCCGGAAGAGUUCUGGCGUGAUCUGCAGCAGUUCCACGAGCGACGCGGCACUGCAUUGACCCAUGCGGCCAAGAUCAGUGGCAAGCAUGUGGACUUGUAUAAACUCUACACUGAAGUCACAGAUCGGGGUGGUUUCAACAAGGUUAACAUGCGUGACGAGUGGGACGAAGUUUACAGUGCCAUGGAGACCUUAAGAGAACGCUGUGUCAAUGGUACGGCAGGCAUCAAGCACAUCUACCGACGCUACCUAGACAAGUACGAGCGCCUGAAUUUCUUUGGCGAGGAUCCGGACAAAAUGGAGGCUCUAGAGGCGGCGAUUGAGAAUGCUGAGAUGGGUAGUGGACGGGCCCGAUCCCGAGCACUGGCCGUAGGAGGCGGCGGGCUGGGCAGCAUCUUUGGAUCCUCGCACUCCACACUGCCAGCAGUGCCCAUGUCCUACAAUCAACGCCAGCACAUCGUGAACGUGGACCGCCGAAGGCAGUACAAGAUGUCCACACAGCUCCACAAGCACAGCAGCUACGAGAAGCUGUUGCUGUCCCUGCUCUCGCCGCUGCCCAACGAGCAGGACUUUGCCAUCAACGUGUGCACCCUGAUGGCCAACGAAGUGCGGCACACCCUCCAACUGGCCGAUUGCCCCAAGCUGCUGGACGUACUUUUGGCCCAUUUGGGCGUCUAUGCGGACUACACCAUACGCAAGUUGUUCCAGCACAGCUACGCAGAAGUGCGACGUCACUCGCAGCACAACUUCUGGCGCGAUCUGCUCUACGACAAGCCGCAGGUCCUCGAGCUCUACACCGACGAGCAAGCCUGGCUGGAAAAUGGGCUCAUCAGCAAAGAGGACAAGGACGAGCAGGAGAACUCCUCCAAUGCCCGCAGCGAGCUGCUGGCGGCAUGCGAUGAGCUGGACUUUUUAAAUCUGCGCCGCAGCAAUGGCACCGACGAGCGCAUGGGCCAGCGCGUGCUCCAGAUCGUGCAGCUCGUGCGGGCGCUCAGUUUCCACCAAGAGAAUCAAAUACCUUUGGGCUCCAAUCGCACACUGUGGCGGUAUCUGGUCAUGGGUGCCAAUGUUCGCUGGAGCAACAUCCACAUCCAGGCUCUGGAGACGGCCGGCAAUCUGGCGAACCAGUUUGAGCUGCAGGACCCCACUACGGACGAGUUGUCGCGGAAUCUGCUGGCCACACUCUGCGAAGGAAUCGACUCCAACGACCGAGCUGUCAUUAUCAGCUGCCUCGAGAUCAUAUAUAAGCUGUGUGGCAAGGAAGGCAACUCCCAGUAUAUGAACCGCUGCCUGGGCCUGGACUUCUAUCAGCGCGCCAUGCUGCUGCUAUCGCUAACGGAUGUGAUGCUGCUUAUCUUCACUCUGGAAGCGAUCUAUGCCCUGAGCUCGCUCGGAGCCCGUCCCUGCUCUCUGUUGAUGCAGGUGCGCGGCCUGGUCGACCAGCUUGUGGCUCUGAUAUCCGUCGAGGCGCAGACCUAUGGAGCUGACGGUUGCAUUUUGAUGCGCGUCGUGGAGAUGGUCCCGGGGAAUCUGAUUAAUUCCUUGGCCACGAAUGCCACCAAUCCUACAGCUGCCACGCCAGCUGCACCACCAUCUGCCCAAGUGGUCGCCAAGCCGCCUGUCGCUCUGCCCAUACCGACGCCCGCCCAGACACAGGUCCUGCAACCCCACACUGAGCAGCAGAUUGUGCCUCUGCCGCAAACAGUGCCUACUCUUCCUGUUCCCAGUCUACCGCAGGUUCCUAUGCCGCUGCCAGUACCCAGUCUGCCGCAGGUUAUACUACCCCCAGGCGUGGUCUCCAUGGCCCUGCCAGCUCCACCAUCCGCACCGCAGAGUUUCACACACGACGAUGAGCAGUACGCUCUGGCCUGGCUGGGAGCCACAUACGAGAGGGCUGGCGCCGGUCACGAGUUUCGCCUGGAGCAGCAGGAGCUUUACAGGAUCUACCUGUCGCACUGCCAGAAGGCAGGCAAGCUUUCGGUGGUCAAUCACAUGCAGUUCCCUCGCCUAGUGCGCCUCAUUUUCAACCAGACCGUGGGGCCCGUCAUAGUGCGCCACUUGGACGGUACAGAGCUGCCGGGCACGUACUACGUGGGCAUCCGGACGCGCGCACAGCCAUUGGCCAUGCAGCAGAAGGCCAGUCCAUCCACAGUUCCUCUCAAGAAGGAAACUCUCAUUCUGCCCAAGCUGCAAACGGACUCAACGCCAAUGGAAACAGCCGAAGAGCAGACGGCUCCUCCACCCACGCCCACGCCGCCGACCAGCUCCUCCCUCAUCAAGAGUCUGCUGGCCAACAAGGUGACCGAGCGUCAGCAGAAGCAAAAGGCACAGGUGCUAUUGCAGUCACCCCAGCCCCCGGCCCUGGUGCCCACCACAGCCUCCGCAUCAAACGCCUCCUCCAACCAGCCCAUCAAAGUGACUUCGACGGCGAUCAGCGCCUUCGUGAACAACCCUCUGAUGCAGCACACGCCGGUAAAGGUGGGACAGACUACCAUAAAGCCACUGCAUCCCCAGAUGCCAAUGGAGAAGAAGCCAGUCACGGACUCGGCUCCUCCGCCACUGGCUCCGCUGAGUGGGGCGAAUGUUGUGACCAAGGACGCCAGCGGACGCACUCUGAUAAUAUCGGCAGCCACCAAACGGAAACUGACCAUCGACGACGAGCAGAACAAGCGGCUGGCCCUGGAUAACCAGGCCAGCGCCUCCGGUAAGGAGGAGCCCCAGGUGACACCCUCGAAGAAUGCCGCCAAUCUGUAUGCGGACCUGGCUGCCUCCAUACUGGAAGAUGAGGACUUGGAUGACGUUCCGCCACUGGCCAAGCCAAGUCAGGAGCAGCCCCAGCAGCAGCAUCAACAACAGCUGCAGCUCAUCCCGGCCAAGGUUCAGUCUACCCAGCGGCAGCUGGUAUUUCCGGGCAGCAGUGGCUCCUCCCCCGCUCCUCCACCACAGCUCAAGCUGGCCAACACGCUGGCUACCACGGCCACCAUCAAGACGGACCAGGGCCUACAGACGGUGCCUGUGAUCCUGCAGCCAAAAAAUUCAAUGGAUGCCUCCUCGCCGGCCCAGCAGACAACGCAGUACGUGCUCGCCACGAAUCAGCAAGGUCAGACCUACCUGGUGGCUCAGCAGACCCAGCCUGUCGUCCCACCACCCUCUCAAACGGCUCAGCCCACACUCCUGGUCACACAGACACCCCAGCAGCAGACGAAAACCAUCAUCAUACUGCAGCAGCAGCCGGGCGGAGUGUCUGCAGCCAGUGUGCCGGGCACGCAGAAGAUGAUCAUGACCACGGCGCAGGGUCAGCAGGUUCUGGUCACUACCACCACGGCCCCCCAGCAGCCUCAGACACGCCCCGCCGUCCAACACCAACACCAGCAGCAGAUCUUCAUCACGCCCCAGAGGCCAGUGCCAGCCCUGGGGGCAGGGCAGAUGUCACCCUCCCUACUCUCGCAGCUCAACCAGAUACCAGCCACCAUCAAGCUACAUCAGCCACAGCCACAGGUAACGGCUCAGCAGCGCCUGGCGGCCGCCAAGGCGGGAGCCACAUUGCCCAUACCGCAGCUACAGCAGCACCAGUCAAUCAUACAGCAGCACAUCAUCUCGGGCCCACCCACGCCAAUGGCUGGCGCCGGAGCUCCUGCUGUUGCUUCUGGCGAGAAGCGGCAGAUACUUCUUAGUGGCAUCAAAGAAACGACCCUCAUCACCCAGACACCGGCCACGGCGGCUCCUUUGCAGCAGAGCCAGCUCAACUCGCAGACGAUCAUCACUACGCAGCCGACCACGGCCACAGCAGUUGCGGGCUUGCAACAGCAGCAGCAGCACAUCCGCACCGUGCUGGAGCAGCAGCAGCUGCACCAUCCAUCCAUCAUUCAACAGAAGAUUACCAUUCCGGUUAUCCCAGAGGCCGUUAAGUCCGCGUCUGGUGGGGUCAUAACCAAGAAGCCAUUGCAACCACAGCUUGUACCCGCUGCGAAGCCAACGCUGUCACAGAUAGUAAUGAGCACCAGCGAAUCCACAUCCACAGCGGUUGCCAAGCCGCUGGCAGUUUUGGCGGAAUCCAAGACAGUAGAGCACACAGCCUUCGCCGGGGCAAAUAGCAGCACCUCAUCUGUGGUGAUCAGCCAGGUGCAGACGGCGCCCCUGUACGCCACUCCAGCUGCAACAGGAGCUUCCAUCGCCACUGCCAGUCCCACUCCCGUGCCCGUACCCGUGGACGUGAAUUGGCUGUUCAUCUGCGACUGGCGCAACUGUCCGCGGCGCAAGUUCAAGUCGCUCAACGAGCUCAAAUAUCAUGUCGUCAAUGUCCACUGUCCAGACCACCUGGACGCCGAUGCCGACAUAUAUUGCCAGUGGGGAAGUGGUCCCGCCUUUUGCGAUAACAGGGCUCGUCGACGAUACUCCCUGAUGACCCAUCUCAUUGAUCGUCAUCUGGCAUUGGACAAUCUACGCGCCAGCGUGCAGCGUCGCCUGGCCACGGGCAUACACAAUGUGGCGCCUGCCCAACCGCCCGUCACCAUUGUGCGGAACGAAGGUCAUGCCCAGAGGUUGGCGGGCAAUGCCAGUGUCAGCGGCAGUGCACCGGCUCCAGUAGCGGCCCCCGUGGUGGGCAGUGCGGCGAUGCAGGCCAUGAAUCGGCACACGACGGACUACACCAACUCCAAGGAGCUGAUGGACGAGAACGAGGGUCCUGUGACCAAGAGCAUUCGUCUGACGGCAGCGCUUAUUCUGCGCAACCUGGUAACAAACACGUCAACGGCCAAACGCAGUCUCAAACGCUACGAGCCCCACCUGGCCAGUGUGGCCAUGAGCAACGUCGAGGCCAGCGCAGUGCUCUCCCACAUCAUGUACGAGCUGAGCCAGUAGCCAGUAGAAGGCUGCCGGCCCCCAUAUAUAUAUAUAUAUAUAUAUCCCUGUAUUUUUGUACCAUUCAUUCUUUAAAAUACCCACGCUUCUACAUAUUAACCAAUAACCUGACCUGUACACCUAACGACACAAUUAAAUGUGAAAAACAAAUCCGAA